UUGUGCAGCCAGUCUAGAGCCUGAGCUAAAGAAUGUGUUUCUGUACUUGACUGAGGGUAUUUGACUCAACAACAACCAGCACCACCUAUAUAUAGCAGGAGCUCAGUUGCAAUUAGAAAAAUCGAAACCUUUUAAUUUCUUUUCUUGCAAUUUUAACAGACUUCAUUUUUUAAAUUUUUUUUUGGUAGUAGAAAUAUCUGCUGAUUUAAAAACAUAAGUAAAUCAACUUUGCAGCCAUCUGAAAAAGUCCUUAUAUUUCUAUUCCUAAGGAUAUUCUUGCAUUCAUUUUUUGAAGAAAAAAACAAACGAGCAAACCAAAGAAAAACUAUAUUUUGAGGCAUCUAUCCUGUCUAUAAAGGACCGAGGAGUCUUGCACCUGCUUGUGGAGGGAGGGGGAGGGGAAAAGGAACCCAGUCUGUAUUCUUCAAUCAUGCCCUCUCGCCGUGGCAUCUCCGUGGCAGUGCUCUUGGCGCUCUGGGGCCUGUGCCUGAGUGAUGAAGCCAUCCGCUGCCCGCCCUGUUCCGAGGAGAAGCUAGCCCGCUGCAAGGCGCCGGUGGGGUGCGAGGAGACUGUGAGAGAGCCAGGCUGUGGGUGCUGCCCCACCUGCGCCCUGGCCAAGGGCAACUACUGUGGGGUGUACUCUCCCCGCUGCGGCUCCGGGAUGCGCUGUUUCCCACCCCCGGGGGUGGAGAAGCCUUUGCACUCCCUGAUGCUUGGCCAGGGAAUCUGCAUGGCAGAAUCGGAGCUCACACAGUUACAGGCCACAGAAAAUGAAGAAUUGUGGAACCUAGAUCAUCCCAACAACAGCCACAUUCCCUGCAGCCCGCAGGAUAAAAAGUGUCUACUGAGACACCAAGCUAAGAUCCGAGAGCAAGGGUUAAAAAACGGGAAAAUGAAAAACAAUGUGAAUCGAGAAGAGAACAAGCCUCUGGUUCUGCCCCCAUGCCAGUCGGAGAUGCAGAGAGCUCUUGACAGGCUGGCAAGCCAGACAAGAACCCACGAAGACUUCUACGUCAUCCCCCUCCCCAACUGCGACAAGAACGGAAACUUCCACCCCAAACAGUGCCUCCCUGCUCUGGACGGUCAGAGGGGAAAGUGCUGGUGUGUUGACCAGAAGACUGGUAUUCAGUUGGUGGGGACUCCGGAGGUCAAAGGGGAGCUGGACUGCCACCAGUUUGUAGAAUCGAUCAGGGAGUGAGCAUCGGUCGACACAGGGGCUGUGACCCUCGCGGACUCACCCAUGACGAAACUUACUGGUGCUGUUUUGUACAAUGAUAGAAGGGACAAUACCACAUAACCUCAUACCACCUGUGGUGAAAAGUACUAGGGUGUGCAAAGGAAACAAGUUAAAAAUAGACAGAAAAGGCCAUCUUUAUUUCAAUCAAUGUUAAAAUCGAUAAUAAACAAAUAAAUAAAUAAAUAAAAACGGCACAUAACGUACUUGAAAGUUCAAUUGAAUAUUGAGUUAAAUCUUGAGUUAAUUUUUUUUUUUGUACGUUGAAAACGAUCAUUUGCUUAGGGUGUUUCAGCUAGAUACCAAGCCAACGGUCCUAAUCACUGAGUACUGGCUGUAGUUUAAGAAGCAGUCAGCUGUUUUCUUUUUUUUUUUUUUAUUGGCGAUCGAUAACACAAAAAAGGGACUUUUUUUAUUAAAUCAUAUAUUAAAGGUCAAAACACAUAUGCCUUGUUGAAAUGGUAAGUUUAUUUGCACAUCCUAUCCAAUGUUAAAGCUACAGAAAAUGUAAAAAAUAAAUAAAUAAAUAAAAAAAAAACACACACAGAAAAAUGAGUUAUAUCCUAAGAAAAGGCACCGCAUGUAAGUUUGUCAGCUGCAACGAGAUGCCAAUAAAAUCUUCUGAAAGAACUGCAUGUUUAAUUGCCAAUGAUCAUAAACUCAGGCUUUCUUUCCAUCAUAACACGGAAAUUAAAGAGAUUCGAUGGAAAAAAGUCUGCUUCGGAAAAAUCCAAAUCCCAGACCAGAUGUACUUGAUCUCAUAUUCUCUAAUUCUCUGUUUGUGCGCUACCACAGGGGCUGAGCAUAACCGCUUUCUACGGGCUCAUAGUACGGUACACUUAUGCUGCCGCUUAUCUCCUCUCCAGCACAAGCUUCGGUACUAAGAAGCUAACUCUGGUCUCUAGAAGAUUUUUGCAUGCAUGCAAACCAAGUAUAACCCAUCUACUUUCCUGCUGCACGUGAAUCAAUCGAUGGCCUAGCAAUUCAAAAGCAUGUUUCCCUAAAAUGUAAAACCACUUGGUGUGCCGAUAUGAAUCAGUGCACAGUAUCUACAACGCUGCUAUUCCCAAAACUCCUGCUCCAGCCUCUUAGUUAGACAAUCUCAACAUGUUGGCCCGAGAACAAUGGUUCGAGUUCCCGUCAUUGAGGUCUCCCAUAUUCACAACAGCAUAAACUUUGCGGAUGAAUACAGUGGGAAGAACUACCCUAGUUUUUAAAUGUUGAGUUCCAGCAGUCCAUUUCCAGGGCGAUUAAUAAAACAUUCAAAUCCGAUCUCUAGGCAGUAACUGAACGUCUGUUGGAACUGCUUUAUGAGACUAUGCAGAAUAAACAUUCGAUAAUUUUAUGGCUGUCCAGUUUUGCACGUGAACCAAAGUCCUUUCCAAACUCUGUAAACACACGGUUUCAUUCUUAGCACACUUCAGGGAAAUCAAUAUCCAUAAAACUGCUAUUGAUUUUUUUUUUAUUUUUUAGAUUGCUAACAGACAUACAAGUACACAACUGGGUUGACUGAUAAAUGUACCUGAUCAAUGCCAGGGCUGAUCCAAACUAAUUUGAAUUUCUGACAAUACAAAGCACAGUUUUUUUUCACCCCAAUUACCCUGAUUAAAAAGAAUACAAAUGAUAAAGAAAGUGGAAGCUAAUCAGUUAAUAACACUGACAUCAGCAUAAGACCCGUCCCUGCCUCUCGACUACAGAGCUUGCUCUUCAGUAACUGGUAAGUCUUGGAGCUGUAUGGUUCGCCAUUCACGUCUAGCCCUUGCUUUUCCAUUGAAUUCAAAGUCUGCCAAUACUAUCCACAUUAACAAAGACUUCUCCUCAACACGCCUAUAACUAAAUCUGUUUCUUAGUCCUGUUUUUCAUUUCCAAUUCCUUUUUAAAAUCAAUUCCCAAUUCCCUUUUAAUCAAUUCCAACACAUCAUUGAUCACAAUUGCCAUCGGCAGUGUUCUGUUAGAACAAGCUUCUCACAGUGGAAACACAAUGACUUCAAUUGAAGUCACCGGUUGUCAAUUUAACAAUCACAACAAUUACUGUGUCUAAAAUAUAAAUUCCAAUUCCUUCGAAGUAAUUGGAAUUGGGAAUUGAUUUUAAAAAGGAAGUGGGAAAGGAACUGGAAUUCUAUAUUGCAAGAACACAUCCAUGACUUACAUGCGCCUCACUGCUCUGUGUUGUACACAGGGCACACUUGUAAAGUCAAUUCUUUUUAUGUGCUACAAUCUUUUAGUAAAGGUGAUGUGGAAUGUAGAAAAAAGAAAUGUGAAAAAAUAUGCACAUUAUUUUAAAGGUAUUUAGUUGGCAAAAUCUUGUGAUAUCUGCAACAACCAAACCAAGAGUUCAGUGCAGGGCAUACUUCGGUAUGCAAGAUUUAAACUGAAGAGUAGCUUCUCGUUUUCAAGAAUGUCAGGGGACCAAGUUUAGAUACCGUUACUGUACUUUGGGAAUCAGAAUAAUUGAAAAAGUAUAAAGGACUUUCAAAGAUUGCCCUGUUGUUUUAAAUUCAUAAUUAUCACGGAACAAAACCAUCAUACAAUAUCCUGUAAAAUUAUUUCCAAAUCAUAUUUGCGAAUCAUGUAGUGCAUUAUUAUUAUUAUUAUUAUUAUUAUUAUUAUUAUUAUUAUUAUUAUUAUUAUUAUUAUUAUUAUCUUUCUCAGUAAACUUGAAUAUUUGACUUUGCUAGUAUGAAACAUUAUUAGUAUAUUGUAUUUAAUUUCCACUUUAAUUUAAUGUAUUUCUUGUAGUAAAUGGAAAUAAAAAAUGGAAGACUAUUUUGGGAGUAUAUGAUUAGGUGGAAUCUAUUCUAUUUUGGGGGGGAAAAAGUACGGCUUUAAGAGUUUAGUUUAAGAUGUGUGCCACUCUUUAAAGAAUAACAAUAUAAUGUGUUGUGAAUACUUUAAUUGUUUUUUUUUUUGUAUAUAAAACUUUAAUACUCCCUAUUAGCAUCAAUAAUUCUACAUUCAUACCAGGGGAAUCAGUUAGCCCUCAAAGCCAUCAUCAAAGCAAUAUGGAAUGGUGUGUGCAAAAAGAAAUUAUAUUGCUUAUGUAACUUGUUAUAUUGCGUUCGAUGUAACAUUUUGCCAUAUGUAUCAUACUUUUUACAAUUUAAACCACUUUUACUUAACAACCCCUUUCCCCCAACGGUAUGGUCUGGAGAUUCAGGUUCGUGCACACCCCCCUUAUUCGCUUUCACAUUCUUGACAUGCUUUGCUCUGUUAAUAUGCUAGCUGUCACUUUCCUAUACUGCAGUGAAGUUUUAUUAGGGUCUUCCUAAUCAAUCCCAAUAUCUCAUAGUCCUGCACUGCAAUUUCUGAUGAAAAGGAACAAACAAACAACAGUAUUGCCUGCGCUGUUAGUAAUGACCGGCACUGGUCCUAAGCUGUUUAGACUAUACAAAGUAAAGAUUUCUAUUGACUGGGAAGUAUGACUUUCAUGGUUUUGAUCUAUUAUUUUCCCUGUCUAAUUAUUUUAUAAUGUAAUCCUUGUGCACCGCAAACACUUCUCCAAUGCUUUUCCCCAUAAAAUAGCAAACCUCUAAUACUAAAUGACUUUCCCAACUAAAUCGCUACAAUUCAUAAAUUGGUUUCUGUACUUCCAUCUUUUCCUACCCCCAACCAAACACACGCACACACACACACACACACACACUUAUUUACAAUGUGUGCAUGCCUUUCACGGAUAAGAACUGCCACAGCAGACCUUUUUUAAGUAGACCUGGUUCCAGGAAACCUAGUCUUAGGCAGCUUUGCUGUAUCAAACCCCAAGUCUCCCCUGGUGUGGUGUGCAGUGGCCUGAAACUUAGUCUCCUGAAACCCAGCUCCAAGCCUCAAAGUGGCUUUGUGUUCCCUCAGCGUUAAACUUUCUUUCAAAGAGCAUUUUAAAGUUGUCCAUGUCUUCAAACAAUUCUCCACUGGAUACCCAUGGUCAUCCCUGCCCUGUCUUUGAUAUGUGUUCAUGGUCCAUUGUUGGUUUAUGACAAUGACUGUGAUUAAACCACACACCACCAGGUUGAAUUUAACAUCAUUAGUGGUCACCCGUGGAAAAGCAAUUAAGGCAAAUAGUCCAUUGAUGAUCAAGAUGGAUCAUGCAGUUGAUCAAUGUACUAGUCGUGUUUAUCUAUGGAUGUUUCAUCAAUCACUGGGUAUCCAUUGAUGGCUAUGGUUUCAAAGCUGGUGAUCAUGGAUUGUAUGGUCAAUGAAAUACAUAUAUGGCAACUGUCUGUCUCUGGUGAUAAAACUGGGUUCUAGAAAAAGGUUGUGCUCCACUUUCUAACCCCUCUCUUAAUCCUCUGCGAAUCAGUGAAGAAAAUAAAGAUGUUGAUCUCAUUGUGUAUGUAAGAAUUCAUUUCUAAAGAUAUAGUACUCUAUAAAUUUGGUUACAUGUAUUGCAUUUUAUUAAAGUAUUAACAUACACCA